AUGAUGAAAAUUAAGACAUUAAUAUUUAUAAUUUUAUACAAUUAUUUUAAAAAAUGUUCGGGCUAUUCGAAAAUAGGCGAACCCUGCAAUAUAGACACAUUUGUAGGAACAUGCAAGCCGAUUAUGGAAUGUUCACUUGCUAUAAAAGUAGUAAGCGAGGAUAUAGAACAUCCACCGACAUGCUUCUGGCAAGAGGAGACUCCUAUAGUCUGCUGUCCACCAACCAACGUAGAUGUCAUAAGCGGUCCAAAACAAAUCAGAACGCUAUUUAGAAGUGGCCGUGUGAAGAAGACAAAUGAUAUGAUCUGUCGGUAUGAGGACCGAGAGCCGUUUUUAUGCUGUGGAAUUUCAAAAUAUCAAGUUACACCAGAACCAAAAGGAUGUCCGCCUCUACCGAGCCCUAAACUGAACACUCCUGUGGAACAUCCCGCCUGGACAAAAUGUGUUAGCUACCAGCGGUAUUAUAACGUAUGUGUAGCAAAAUCGGAAGACAAUAAACGUUUCAUUAGAAAAAAUACUUGUCCAAAAACAAAAAUGGGACUAAGAAUAAUAGAUGGAACACCAUCCGAGCUCAGGCAGUUUCCACAUAUGGCUGUUAUAGGUUGCGCAGCCGUCGCACGAAGCACAGAUGAUAUUGAUAUCUCAUGGAUAGGAGGAGGGUCUCUGAUAAGCGACAAGUUUAUAUUGACAGCUGCUCACGUUAUCUUACAAACUAAGGCGGGUGUUCCACGAUAUGCCUUACUAGGAGCUUUGGAUAAAACAAAAGUACAAGACGGAAUGUUGUACAACAUAAUAAACAGAAUACCACACAAAGAAUACGCUUAUAAGGCAGACGUCAAGAAACAUGAUAUUGCACUAGUAGAGCUGCAUGAAAGAGUGAUGUUCAACGAAUUUAUUCGUCCAGCCUGUUUGCCGGUGCCGGGCGCUGCGGUUAAAGACAAAUAUAUCAUCGCUGGUUGGGGCCUGACAGAAACUGGAAAGGAUUCCUUGACUCUGCAACACACACAUGUUACAGAAAACGAAAUAAAAUGUGAGAAUUUUGAUGUAUUCGUCCCAGGAUAUAUGAUUUGUGCGGAAGGGAAACUUCAAAAAUCAGCAGAUUCUUGCCAGGGUGAUAGCGGAGGUCCCCUUAUGGCGGUCGUUUCUGACUUAAACUGUACAUAUUCAGUCGAAGGAGUAGUUUCGUACGGACCAUCCUGCGGUAAAACGGCAGGAGUCUACACCAGAGUCGAUAUAUAUAUGGAUUUUAUUAUGGAAAACGUUUGGCCGGAGGAAUGGGCGGCUUACAAACGAGAAUUACAAAAAGCGCAGGAA